AUGCCGUCGCGUCGGUCGCAUACCAAGUCACAUCAUGGAUGUAAACAAUGCAAGGCCAGGAGAGUCAAGUGCGAUGAGACGAGUCCACGAUGUCAGCGCUGUGUGAAACGCCAAAUUGCAUGUUCGUUCCUGGAAGAUGCUCCUGAGGGUAUCUCAGCCACUCCGACAAAUCUGUCCCUACACGACACCUCGACAUCGACUCCGAAAAGCCUCGACUAUCAACCUUCUGACCCAGAGCAGCCACAUCCAGGAGUGCUCCCACCUUCCAGACCCCGGACCACAAUUUUCGCCGCCGGAAGAGACUCUGUCACAGAUAUCCAGCGUUUUGAACUGCUGGAUCUCGAGCUCGUCCAGUUCUACUCGACUCGGACGUACAUGACUAUGUCCUCCAGACUCUCAACGCACGUUGUAUGGCGAGACACAGUGUUUACGGAGGCCCUGCGCCAUGACUUCCUUCUUCACGGUUUGAUGGCUACUGCUGCGCUCCACAAGGCCACAAUGCAAGCCAAGACGUCCGAAGCAUACGCCGAAUAUUCCAAAGUCGCACUAGCUCACCAGAAUGCUGCAUUGGCCGGAUAUAUCCCUGCAGUCAGUAAACCGAAUCAAGACAACGGCAUCGCCCUGUUCUGUCUGUCGCUCUUCCUGAGUAUCUGGGCCUUUGCAUCGAAACGGCUCCCAGAAGGAUUGAACAGUGUGAAAUUGGAGCUGACUCAAGGAGACUCCCCCGGUGUCAUACUUCCUUUGCAUUCGCCCACGGCUGAGUUCAUUGAGAUAGUCAUGAUACUAAGAGGUGUCUAUGCCGUGAUCAGAGAGACAGAUACCUGGCUUCAAGGAGAUAUCGAGGAAUUAUUACGAUACCCUCAACCGGGAGACCUCCCUCCGCACUCCGCAGAUGUUGUGGAAGCUUUCGAAAUUCUCGCCGAAGCUGUGGACGACCCCAAAGUGACGCCUAUGUUAGCGGGCGAAGACGCUUCGACAAGCAGAACCUUUUUCCUUGAGCAUCUACAACGGCUACGUGACAUUACGCGCUGUCGCUCCGUUGUCGAGUGGGAUGGGCAUAUAUUCUCCUGGUUCAUCAUGGCUCCAGCCCCGUUCAUUCAGUCCUUGAAACGGGGCGAACCUUUGGCCUUGAUUCUAUUUGCACACUGGGCUGGUACUUUCCGCUGCAUGGAUCAUCACUGGUGGGCAAUGGGAUGGGCGUACAGAUUAGUCGUUGAUAUUUCCAGUCUACUCGAUCCAAUAUGGGCACGAUAUCUUGAGUGGCCCAAGAGACAGAUCGGCCUUGUGUUUCAGGAUAAUACUCUCUUUGAGGGACGAAGGGCGGCUUGA